AUGCAUCUCGACGAGCGCUUCCCGGCACCACCCCAGCAGGCGAACUCCGCCUUACUCAAUCGUCGUCGACGUCGCAAGUCUCUCCCUGGUGGUCGCGGCCAAGCUCCCAAUUCCUCGACCGAUCCAACGUCGCCGGAGGUCAUCUCGUCGCUGAUCUCAUCCUUGUCCGCCAUCUCGGUGCCCCUGAACUCGCAUUUCGACAACGUGCCGCGCAUCGAUUCUAAAGAUUCCUCCGACCCUGGCCUCCCAGAGGUUCCGCAAACCGCACCGUGCUUUACCAUCCCCCCUUCCAAGCAGAAUGGAUUUGGAAUGAGCUUUGGCUCUUAUGCAACCGCCGAAGAACCCCCGCAUAGUCUCUUGCAUCCAGAUGAUGCCGCCUCGUCGCCUGUCAUUCGUAUGGCCAGAGCGCCCCCAUCCCCCAAAUCGCCAAAAUCCCCAAGAUUCAAACCAUUCAAAGCAGCCGAUUCAUCCGUCCGGCCGGAAUCAAGAGACUCGUAUACGUCGGUAAGGGCUGCGCCGGAGGAUACUGCAUUCGGGACGAUUAGCGCGGAGCCCGCCCCGCGUCUCUCAAAGGCCCCUAGCAUUGCCUCGAAUAGUUCUGGACGAACGAAAAGUUUGAAGGGCCACUUUAGUCUGCUGAAGUCAAAGUCAUCGCGCGAGUUCAACAACGACAAGGAAACGCAGGCUGAUCGCCUGCGUCGGACCACUAGCCAUACCGAGAGUUUGCGACACAAUACCCCGCGGAGUCGAGCAAGUUUGCGCUCUAUGUACUCCAUGGCAGAUGUAGCCGAGGAGAAAGGGCCGAGUGGGUUGGCUCUGAUGGAGGAACCAAGUGAGGGCUUGGUUGCCAGCACCCCGCCGACCCGGGAACAGCCUUCAAUUCAGAACACUCCUGACGCGCACCAUAACCCUGGUGGUAUUGGUAGCGGUCGAAUCAUUCCCACGAGGGACUCUUCUCUACGUCACCGACACAGCCAAUCUUCCGGGAAGCGGAGGUCUGCUCGGCACAGCCGAUACUCGUCAACUGCCAGCCGAGAGUCGACUCUUGCAGAGAAUGGAUUGCCAGGGACAAGCAACGACGCCGAACAGGUGACUCGGAGGAUCCAAGAGUUGAAAGACCAGCAACAGAGGAUCAAGACUGAGCUGGAAGCUGAUGACGGGCCCGGCAAGUCAACAGGGACAACCCCUGCGAGACCGUCGAAGCCGUCGCGCACCACCAGCCAAACCGACCAAAGCCGCACUCCCAAACUCCAGAACGGCUCUUAUGAACGUUCUGCCAUAAAUGAAAGUGCCCCAUCACCAUCCGUCAUGACGGGUAAGAACCGUACUGGAAAGCCAGGAGCACCUUUGUCACCCAAGCCUACCAACUUCUCUCCCCAGAUGCAGAGACAAUCCUCUGACAAGCUCGAGCAUGACCAAGGCCGGUUCAGACGGUCCUUGGAACCGAUCUCUCCCACCCCGUCCCAUCGCCGCACGCCAUCUGGCCCUACACUGGUCGGCCGUCAAUCACUGAAUUCUGAAAGACCGUCCAGUGCAGACUCGAUCGACUUGGCUGUCGACGAUUAUGUCUUCUCUCCGAAACUGACCCAGAAAGUACCCCAUCCAACCACGGGCCGUAUGAUCGCCUUUUCCGAGGUGGGUGAUCCCAAGGGUCACGUUGUUCUAUGCUGUCUCGGAAUGGGUCUCACUCGGUAUCUUAUGGCAUUCUAUGAUGAGCUGGCUCGGACAUUAAACCUGCGUCUGGUCACUCUCGACCGUCCUGGAGUUGGUGAAAGUGGGCCACAUCAACUGGAUGAACCCAACACUCCUCUCAGUUGGCCGGAUGAUGUUGCCAUUGUGUGUAAUCAUCUCCGGGUGACCAAAUUCUCCAUCCUGGCUCACUCGGCCGGUGCCAUCUACGCUCUUGCCACUGCCCUUCGAAUCCCUCAGCAUAUUCGCGGACGCAUCCAUCUCCUGGCUCCCUGGAUCCCUCCCUCUCAACUUUCCAGCAUCGGCUCUCAGAAAGAACCCGUGCCUACCAAUGCCGUUCCCUACUCCCAACGAAUCCUCCGCGCUCUUCCCACCUCCCUUCUCAAGGUGGCCAACACCAGCUUCAUGAGUGCUACUAGUGCUAGCAUCACUACUAGUCUACCAAAGUCUCCACGGCGAGCAAAGAAGAAGACCACCAAGGAGACUGUCAAGGAAGAGGUGCCUGCCCUCCCGGUUGCUACUUCCAACAUCGAGCCCAAGUCUCCCGGAGUCCCACCCCCCGAACCAACCAAGCCAUCGAAUGUCACCCAUGCAGCGUAUAGGAAAAGCGAUGCAACUCUCGGAUCGCGGGCCAAGUCUCCCGAGGAAGAGCUGGAGAGGCAGCGGGACUAUGACACCCGACUCACUCAUAAGAUCUGGGCGCUGGCCACUGCCAAUGCCAACCCUGCCGUUGAUCUCUUGAUCUGCUUGGAACGUCGUCAGACCAUCGGAUUCCGCUACGUGGAUAUUACACGAGCAGCCGUGAUCCACCACGGAAGCAAGGACACUCGUGUGCCCGUCGAAAAUGUCCAGUGGCUGGGUAAGACGAUGCGUCGCUGCGAGGUGCGCAUCCUCGAGGGUGAAGGUCACGGUCUUAUGGCUUCUGCGAGUGUUAUGGGCAGUGUUCUGACUGAGAUUGCCAAAGAGUGGGAGGACUGGACGACCAUCGUCCAAGGCCGACGUCGGGCGACUGCUCAACAAGCUACACGACCAAGUCUCUCCCUCCAAGCCUGAUCAGUGAUGGUCAGCCAUCCCUUCUUUCGUCUUUCAUGAUAUUGGACACCACUCUUCGACUCCUUCUUUUCUUCCUUCCCUUCAACCCUCAUUCUCCUCACUCAUACGCGUUACGUUACCCCUCCCCAUCAUCCUUACCCCCGUGGUCUACCUCCACCCCCUAAUCACCAUAAUCAUCCCCAGCUUCUGGCAUCAGGUACCACAGCAGGCUCUGCGGUCCUCACCAGUGGCCUCCCUCACUUUCCUCCCCCGUACCUACACAUAUACACACCCUACCAGCAUCAUACAUAAAUUUAAUAGUGGCCGAUGUACGCCCCGUCUCUGGAUUCAUGUGGAGUCGCGCCUGGACCAAAACCCUGUGAUUUAGCAUAAUACCCAUGUCAGCUUUUUUGAACUAAUUUUCAUAUCCUUCCAAAC